UUGGUGGAUAAAUUACAUUUCCCACACAACCGGCAUAUCAUCUGUCCAGCCUUCGCUGAGUCCAAGAGCAUGAAGCUGUUCUCUCAAAAGCCUAGGAUGUGGAUAAAGAAGUUGCGGAGAUGUUCGAUUAGAACAAGAAAGGAUGAGCACCAAAAUAAAGCCGUUAGUUAUAAAUGCGAGAACAAUGCUAUCAGAUUUAUCGAAGACAAAUACGUAUUAUCUACUGUAGCCUGGUAUUGGCCUGAUAUCGAUGGAUAUAGUGCAGCACGACUACUUCAUGGACACAAAAACGGAACAUUUUUGGUGCGGAAAAGUUCUAUGGCUGGGUUUAUGUUUACUUUGACCUACAUUAUCGAUAACAAGGUAGGGAACUUGCGUGUACACUGCAAAAACGGGUUGUUCAGCUUGUGUUUCCACGACCUUUUGCAACCGAGAGAACCAACAUUGCAAAUGCUUGUAGAAAAACUGGUAGCGUUUUCAAGUAAUGGCUCGUUUAUAUGUGGACUUCGACGCGAAACAGACGGCAAAAGUACCAAUGUCCCUCUGAAACUUGAGACUCCUUUGCGUCGUAACGUGAGUCUGCAGGAUCUCUGUAGAAAAACCAUUAUGAGGUCUCUCUGCAAUGCAAACGAUGUUUCGGAGUUCGAUCUGCCUGCAAGUAUCAAAGACUUUCUGCUGGAGCUAAACGAUAGAGAAUGAAGUUCUGCAUUCCCCAUGGUUCGUUGAGAAUCCCUACUUUGCACGGAGAAGAGUGCCUUCUAGCCCUUCAGUUCGUGCAUGUUAUUGAAGACACAACAAAUGCCGUUCGCGGCUUAUCUUUAGAAAGAAGAUAAAAACCUCUGUUAUCAUUAUCACCGAACAACAACAGGAAACUUUUUGAUAUUUUUCGCGAAGGGAAGUUUCAAACGAACUAUCUUGCGUAUAUAUGUAAGGAAAUGCUUCACAAACUGUUUUCGUAGUCCUUAACAUCUUAAAAUUUAUGAUAUACCAAUCUAUCAUUUGAAUCAUUUCAAUUAAAAAGACAGGUUGUUUUGUUGCUAAAGCACAUCUGUUCUUUAUUCCAUCAUUUGUUGAUGUAAUAAAAUGCAUUGUGGUAAUUAAUCGUCUUGUAAUGGCAUGGUUGCCCAGCCCAGCAUAUAAUUAACAAUUUUAUGGCCAGACACGCCCAUAUUUCUCUCGUUAUCCAUUUUCGAUGUCCCUGUGGAUUUUAGCUGUUCAAAACAGAAUCAUAAGCCCUAACACCUGCCUUUUAUAAUCCCGUCCGUGUGUUCAAAAGUGAAGUUUCCAUGUGUUAAGAUUCAUCAACUUUUAAUAGGAGACGGCGAUACCAUUUUGUUCAGAUGUGAUAAUGCAUAGUCCAUCGAACACCUUCUCAGAGUGUUUAUUGUUUCAAAGUUAAUCUCACACCAUAAACUAUGCUCACACAUAUCUUUUAUGCUCUGUAGCAGUGUAGAUGAACUAUAGGGAGAUUUCAGGGAUUUCAACCUAGGACCAUCAAGAUAAAAGUAAGGGGGCAUUUGUCUCGCCUUGAGUCAGUGAACAUGUUUUUAUCCAUAAUCUUCAGCUGCUAUUACAGGGCCAAAACUACAGACCAGGGAUAUGAAGGAGUGCGAGUACAAACCAAGAAAUGCCUCAAGACCCUACAGUUCUUUAUAGAACAAUGUUUAGCUCUAGGGCCUUUUUAGUCGUUCAGCCAAGAACUAGCCCCGCCCUUUUGCUGGGCUAACGAAAAGUCCCCUACUCUACUAAGAAAAUUAAAAGUAUUCAAUGUGAUCGCUCAAAGUAUCUGUGUUAUUCGAGGCAAACGUUGAAAACCUAGAUAAAGUCAGUAGAGCCACACCGGUGGAUACCGCUAGUUUCGUUUUGCAAGGAAUAUUCCUUUAUUUGUCCUUCUUUGUCUUGUUCGAAGGUUCGUAAGAAGAUUUGUAAGAAGGUUCGUAAGAUCUCCUGUUCUUUAAUUCAUUCAGGAUGUGAUAUUUUUUUAACUUCUAUUGAAUUCUACAGUGAAUUCUUAGAAACAGCACAAAAAUUAAUGACGAACUCUGAAACACACGUGAUAUAUAUUUCUUCGAGUUUUAAGUUUAGUGCAUUUAAAUAGUGUUUACUCGUUCCUUCUGAAAUAAAAUCACCUUAAAAAGUAUCUCAAUGUUUUCAUGCAGUAUCGUUAGUUUUUUGGCUUUUGAGCCCAAGUACAAAGCUUAUAAUGGAAAAUUUCCAAUUCAAAAAUGAACUACAAAAAUAAUACUGUUCAAUUGCUUCUGCUUUGUCACUUCGAUUCUCUACGGUGAUUCUCCGACAAAGAUAGGUAUAAUUUUUCUAAAUUAUUUUUGCUAACGACCGACAAAGGAUAAACUGUUUCUAAAUUUUCAAGUAAAAUGGAACACACCCCAGUUAAGAGUUUUCUUCUGUACCCAAAGUAGAAAAUAUUGAAAUAACAAAUUAUUUUUUAUAGAAAAACACACUUUACAAGAAAGUUUACAGCCCCCCCCCCCCC